GACGCAUCAGCUGUUCAACUACAAUUCAAAAUUCCCGGUGUGGUUCUUAUAAGAAUCGACAAAAAAUAUAUUCCGCCAUCUUGUUAGUGGAAAUGAAUACGUUUUAGUUCGACAACGCGCUAUCUAAAAAUGGAAUGCGAUUUUGGCAAUAGUGAUGUGGAAUGUUUGAUAUUAACAAUCAAAGAUCAUCCAGAAAUAUGGGACUUUGAAUCUGAAGAUUAUAAAGACCGAAACAAAAGGAGAAAUGCUUGGGAGGAAGUGUGUAGGGUAUUUAAAGAAGAAUUUGACGAACUUUCUAAGGCUGAAAAGGACGCUCUGAUUCGACAGUUUAUCAGAAAAUGGAAAAAUCUUAAAGAUGCCUUCAUGAAAGCCAUCAGGCGAAAUCAAAGAACUGGUAGAAAGGAGGUACACCGUAAAUAUUUAUACGGAAAACAAAUGAAUUUUCUUCUUGAAAAAGUACGGAAUGAUCAUCAAAGCAAGGAACUACCAAAAAAUCGAAUUAAUAAAUCCAUUAAUAGCAAACGUCAGAAUUUCCACAAAAGAGAAAAUGUUAUCAGGAAGAUUGAUAAAGAGGAUUCAAGCGUAGAAUACGUAGCUGUACCAAUGGACAUUCCAAAACACCAAGAAAUCGAUGAAGACACGUCAUUUUUCAAUUCCAUACUACCGAUGGUAAAACAAUUCAAUGCAGAUCAAAAGUUAGAUUUUAGAUCGGAGGUUUUAAACGUAAUAAAAAAUAUGAGAAGAAUGUCACAAAUGGUGAAUAGUCAAGAACAUAAUUGUUCUACAAGCACGACUUCAUUUUACGAGGAGAGUCUAGAUAUUAAGGAAGAUUUAACACAAUAGACUUAAUAUUUCUUAAAGUGAUAAAAGUGGUCAGAUCGAACAAGAUUACUGAUUUGUUCGAUUAUUUUCGACUACCAGAAAGAGAUUAAUCUUCAAAAUCUUCUCGGCCAUCUUGAAAACCAUUCAAAAACACUACAAACUUUCAUUGAUUUAAGAAAUUAUAAGUUUUAGUUGCAGUUUUUCUAAGAUUCAUAUGAAAUUUAACAACAAUUCGUUGCUGUAUUUUUACGUCGAUCAUUUUUACGGCGAAACAAAAAAAUAGCCCCUAUAAAACCGAAGGCACCAGCUACACUGGUUUGUCUACAGACACGAGAUAUCGUAUUCGAAACAGUAGAGGCUUCAGGCUAAACAGCUGAUAGUCGUUAACCUCAGAAGCAUGUGUAACUAAUAAAGAUGAAUUUUUCCAAAAUAACUGUACAAAAUGUAAUAUAUACAGGGCAGACAAAUAAUAAGUAUAACUUUAUAUUACUAAUUUUAAACACGUUGUAUACUUCAUUAUUAUAUAUAAAAUAUCGCAUUGGAAUUGGUAAUAAUCGGAUUUCAGCAUUUUCUCUUCUUCUCAGCUUUUUUUUGAAAAAAAAUUCUACGUAAAUAAUCAUUGGUCUAAUGAACGUUUUUUCCUGAUGUAAGAAUGAAAUUUAAAAAUGUACCGUGUAGUAUUGAAACAUCUCUUCAUUUAUUAUCGGUCGCAGUUAAAAUCAACCCCAAUUUUAAUCUGGGUCCCACCAUAUGGCGUAUUGUUCUCGACGGAAUGUAGAAUUAUUGUCCUCGUAUACUCUAUGAUCGUCGUAUGUCCAAUGAUCGUUCUGCUGCGUAAAUCAGGCAGUGAUUGUUUUUCCUGAGAGACGUAAAUGGUGAUUUAAUAACAGGGAGCUUCGAUAGCUUUGAAUUAAAGGACCAUUUAAUCAAUACGAGUCGAAAAAAGGCCUUUACACAAGAACUGCAUACAAUAUUUUAUCUACUAGUGGAAAUUCGAUCAAAAUGCAGAAGUUUAAUGGUAAUUUUCUUCACGAACUAGUAUGAGACUAUUAUACGUAUCAUUAUAUAUUAUACUAUUAUACGUAAAUUUAUCAUUAAUUUCAAGUGCAAUAAUUAUUUAUUCACAAUUUAUUAAUAAGCUACCGCCAACAACGGCCAUUAUCGUACAUGUACAUAUUGUAUUUAACAUUUUUUGCAAAUAGUUUUAAAUCAAAACAAAAACGUGUACGUAUUUGAUAAAUAUACGUGUUUGACUAUUGUGAAAGGUAAGUCAAAUAAUGAGCAAUUAAGUCACUGUUUGUCACCAAAAGUAUUUUAACUUGAUUUGUGUAUAGGUUAUAUAUACAGUGAGCAAUGCAAGCAAGACGCAAAGGGAUCAAUUUGAGCCGUCGAACAAUCAAAUCUAGAGAUCACUAGUUUGUUCUUGGUAUUUGCACUGGCAGAACUAGUUAAGGAAGUGUAGACUAAAGCUUUCUUUGUAGCAUAAGCAGCACUAGUGUCGCUGUUCUUAGUAGCAGUACAAGAGAACUAGUUCAAUGUACUGCUCGCACUGGGUCUAGAGUCAGUUCAGCAAGUGGAGUGCAAUCAGUGUAAUCUGGAAACGGUGGCACUACAUCUUCGUCAUCGGACGAAUGUAAAAUAUCAAAAAGUAAUAUAGUUAAUACUACAAUGGCUAAAUCACAUCAAAUAACCUCAAAUACAACAAUCAACAAAUGCUCUCUAACCUACUCUGCACUAAAUCGUUCUUUGUAUCCGAUCGAACUAAUUCUAUACACUCAUGAACUGGCCUACACUGGUCCAGUUCCAGUGCAGCUACCAAGAACAAACCUCACGAAGAUCGGGCGAACAAAUCCAACAAAACAAUGCUGAUGUACGUGUGAGCACGGCACAUUUAUGUGAAUAAUAAUCGCAAGGGGCACGAGGUGAACGAAAUCAACUUAGACAAUUAGAACGAAGGUAAACGCGCAGAUUCAUAGUCAACAGACGUAAAGAAAUUGACCAACAACGUCAACAAGUUCUUCGAGCAUUUACAUCAGAUUUAUUUCUUCGACUAGCAUUCCAGUAUGACCCCGAUGUUGGAUAUUUAUUGGACAACUAUAUGUGGCAUUUACUCGCAUAUUUAAUACUAAAAAUAUGAAUAAUUAUUUUUGAUGUUUAGAUAGCUAUGAAGAUUCUUAAUUUGAAAUAUUUUCGUUUCUUUAAUAAAGAAUACUUUAUUAACCUUAAAUAAAGCAUACUUCCAUUGUCUACAACGCUUUCGAUUAUAAGUGAUAUUCAUUUGUAGAAAAUCUGACAUACUAGUCAGUGGCGGCGCAAGACCUUAACUUAUGUAGACAAGGUACACAUCGCGGGACCAUCUGAUGGUGCAAGAAGGAGGGAAUAUAAAAUAAACAAUCACUUGAAAUUAAACAGUUUUUUAUUCAUUAAGAAAUUUUUACUUAUACUUCUUUGGAAUAUUAAACAAAAAUAAAAAAAAAAGAAAUAAUUAAAGAAA